AUGUCUUUCCUAAGAAACAAAUCUACUGCUGUUAUUCCACUCAACGAUGUUCUUCCGUCKAUGAGAAGGUGUAAGAUCAAAGUGCAUAUCUUGAGUUUGUGGAAGAAACAGUUUAAAUCUGGUGGUUUUAUAGAUAUGGUGUUGGCUGAUGAAACRGGUGUACGUAUUCAUGCAAACGUUGAGAAAGAUUUGGUACAAAAGUUCGAGACACAUCUCGUGGAAGGUGAAUCCGUGGUUCUAGAUACUUUCAAGAUCAGUCCAUACGUGGGGAGUUAUAAAACUAACCCACAUGCUUAUAAAAUAACCUUUGUUCGGACAACUGUGGUUUCAAWGUGCUUAGAUUUCCCUCCUAUUGUCCCUGAGCUUUACAUCGCGAGUUUCUCCGAUGUAUUGAGUGAUUCUCUUGAUAGGAGUAUAAUGAUUGGUGAGUUUUUGGUAGAAAACAAAUAG